AUGGCAGUCGCAGAUUUAUCUGUAAUGGUAUUCGACGUAAUAUUGUACGAGAUUAAGGAUUCAUAUUUUCCGUAUUCAUUCUUCAACUACACACCGAUUUGCUGCGUGAACAUAUUCCUGAUUAUGGCUUCAGUUGAUUGUUCUGUCUGGUUAACAGUCGCCUUCACCUUCGAUCGAUUUGUGGCCAUUUCUUGCCAAAAGCUGCGAACAACCUACUGUACCGUUAAAACAGCAACUGUGGUUAUUGCAGUGGUUUGCUCUCUGAGCAGUUUACAGUCUGUUCCGGGCUAUUUUGCAGUUGAACCCCGAGAAAUAAUUGAUAAUGUACCAUGGUCCUGCUCCAUCAAAGCGAGCUUCUAUACAUUACCCAUCUGGCAGGCAUUUUGGUGGCUGGACACGAUUUUAACUCCAUUUGUCCCAUUUGUUCUGGUAAUAUUGUUUAAUGCAAUGACCAUCAAACAUAUUCAACAGGCUAACAGAAUCCGACGUGCACUCCGAGGAAAAUCUGGUGAUCAGAAUUGCAAAGAUCCAGAAAUGGAGACCCGCAGAAAGUCAAUGAUUAUAUUGCUUGCUAUAUCUGGCAACUUCAUAAUUUUAUGGAUUAUAACAUUAGUAUCUUAUGUAUCUGUGCAAUUUACAGGUGCGCAAUUGUUAGUAGCAGAUUACAACGACCCAUUUACUAUUCUUGAACAAUCUGGAUAUAUAUUGAGAACUUUGAGCUGCUGUACAAAUACGUUUAUUUAUGCUGUUUCCCAGCGUAAAUUCAAAGAAGAGUUAAAGAGUAUGAUUAAAUGUCCUGUGGCUGCAAUGCCUUUUUCACAUAAGUUAGACAAAUAA